AUGGCGAGCGAGAACCCUGAUGUUGCUGUAGCUCCCGUGGUGAAUAAUGGCGGCGCCGAAUCUUCCAACGGAAAAGGGGAACAAUUGGAAUCCGAGCUUUCGAAGAAGCUUGAGAUUACAGACGUGAAUGAAGAUGGAAAAGAGGAGAACGACGAAGAAGAAGGAAGCAAAGCUGAGGCUUCAACGAAGAAGAAGAAGAAGAAAAAUAAAAGCAAGAAGAAGAAGGAACUGCCUCAACAGACUGAUCCACCUUCGAUUCCUGUCGCUCAGCUCUUCCCAUCUGGAGAGUUUCCUGAAGGUGAAAUCCAACAGUAUAAGGAUGACAAUUUAUGGAGAACAACAUCUGAAGAGAAGAGAGAGUUGGAGCGUCUAGAGAAGCCGAUGUAUAACUCUGUACGCCAGGCUGCAGAAGUUCAUCGCCAGGUUCGGAAAUAUGUCAGAAGCGUAGUGAAGCCUGGAAUGUUGAUGACUGAUAUAUGUGAGACUCUGGAGGAUACUGUUCGUAAGCUGAUACAGGAGAACGGUCUUCAAGCUGGUAUUGCAUUCCCAACAGGAUGCUCUUUGAAUUGGGUUGCUGCUCAUUGGACCCCCAACUCCGGAGAUAAGACUGUACUUCAGUACGAUGAUGUUAUGAAAUUGGAUUUUGGAACACACAUUGAUGGGCAUAUUAUUGACUGUGCAUUUACAGUUGCAUUCAAUCCUAUGUUUGAUCCUCUCUUAGCAGCCUCCCGUGAAGCUACUUAUACCGGUAUCAAGGAAGCUGGUAUCGAUGUCCGUCUCUGUGAUAUCGGUGCUGCAAUUCAGGAGGUCAUGGAGUCUUAUGAGGUUGAAAUCAAUGGAAAAGUCUUCCAAGUUAAGAGUAUCCGAAACUUGAAUGGGCAUAGCAUUGGACCUUAUCAGAUACACGCUGGUAAAUCCGUCCCUAUCGUUAAAGGAGGCGAGCAGACAAAGAUGGAAGAAGGCGAAUUUUAUGCCAUUGAAACAUUUGGAUCAACCGGGAAGGGAUAUGUGAGAGAAGACUUGGAAUGCAGCCACUACAUGAAGAAUUUCGACGCUGGCCAUAUCCCUUUGAGGUUGCCUAGAGCAAAGCAACUUCUUGCCACCAUUAACAAGAAUUUCUCGACUCUUGCCUUCUGCAGACGCUAUUUGGACCGCAUUGGUGAAACCAAAUAUCUGAUGGCUCUCAAGAAUCUCUGCGACGCUGGCAUUGUUCAGCCGUACCCUCCUCUGUGUGAUGUGAAGGGAAGCUAUGUAUCGCAGUUUGAGCACACCAUUUUACUGCGACCUACUUGCAAAGAAGUUGUUUCCAAGGGAGACGACUAUUGA